UGAUGGCGUCUUGUGUGACUAGCACCGGCCGGUUAUAUGUUCUUCUACUUGACAUACAAGGUUAUAUGGAAGGAGGUCGGAAGUGUGUCCAAUUCCUCGUGAAUAGCUAGGGCACUUACUACAGAGGAGUGAAUUACUUAAAUGAAGCUGGAGAAGCAUAUAUCACCUGCUGUCCGAGUGGCGGCUAUUGAAAGUGAAUAUAGUGGUUCGUGCGUGAGUUCUGCCGGCCCUUGCUGCGGGCAAUUGCCGUCGCCUUUUGCGGCUGGUAUGUAGGGAAUUCGAGGGUACUGCUACUCUUUUAAUGAUCACGGGUACCUCCAGGGGCGCAACUGCACGCCGCCGGCUAUCGAUGACUUCCCCGCCGAGCUGUUCACGGAGUCGCAGCGGCAGCACGGCGCCGUCGUCAUACACAUCCUCAUAUCGCUCUACCUUUUCAUCGCGCUCGCGGUCGUAUGCGACAAGUUCUUCGUGCCUGCUGUCGACAGAAUAUGUCACGCACUAAACAUGAGCAAUGACGUGGCGGGCGCCACGUUCAUGGCAGCGGCGACGUCGGCCCCGGAGCUGUUCGUCAACGUAAUCGGCACCUUCAUCACGGAGGGCGACAUCGGCGUCGGCACCAUCGUGGGGUCCGCCGUCUUCAACAUCCUCGCUGUUGCCGCCUGCUGCGGCAUCGGCGCUGGAAUGGUUGUGCCUCUCGACUGGUGGCCACUGACGAGAGACUGCCUCGCGUACGGCAUCACAGUGUCGAUCCUCAUCUGCAUCAUGCACGACGAGUACGUUCUCUGGUACGAGGCCUUCCUCCUUGUCCUCUUGUAUGGAGUCUACAUCUGUAUUAUGUAUUACGACAAAUCCAUACAGAACUUUGCUAAAGGUAGCUGGAAGUGCCUGAAAAAUUUUAUGAAUAAAACUGAUGAAAAGUCCGAUAAUAUUAUAGAAAUAAAAGAUACCAAAACCGCAAGUUCAACCAAAAUUGAAUCACCGGAGCACUGUCAACAUAAUGGAAAUGUCAAAGCAAUAAUACCACUUUACAAUAACGAUAAAGAGUGCGGGAAACCACUAGAAGUUGAUGAACAGAAUAAAGUAAUCAGCGUAGAGAUUGACAAAACAAGUGAUGAUAUUGCUUACGCGGAUGAUAGCCCGCACCAUGUGCCCCCGGAGAUCGCCAAAUCCAUCUCUGAUGAGUAUGAACACUCUUUAUGGAAAUUUCCAUUUAAAAGGAGCUGGUUUACGCAGACAACAUGGUUCGUCACCUGGCCGAUCCACUUGGUGUUUUUGUUUACAAUUCCUGAUUGUGAAAAGCCACGUUUCAAAAAUUGGUUUCCUUUAACGUUCAUUAUGUGUAUCGUUUGGAUUGGAUCACUAUCUUACGUAGUCGCUUGGAUGAUAACUAUAAUAGGGGAUACAUUAAUGAUACCUGAUUCCGUGAUGGGUAUAACAUUCCUCGCUGCUGGGACAUCGGUGCCUGAGGCCGUGUCGAGUGUUAUUGUCGCCAAGCAAGGGCACGGUUCAAUGGGAAUCAGCAAUUCGAUUGGUUCGAACACCUUCGACAUCCUGCUGUGCCUGGGGCUUCCGUGGCUCAUCAAGGCAUCGCUCACCCCUGCCGAACCUGGACUCUAUCUGGUAAAAAUUAACUCAAUGGGACUGGAGUACUCUGCCAUAUCACUGCUUUCGACGCUGCUGAUGCUGUACUUGACGUUUUGGUUCAACAAGUUUAAGCUCGACGCGGCGGUGGGUCGCGCCUGCCUGGCCAUGUACGCCAUGUUCUUGGUGUUGGCCACUCUCAUCGAGCUGAACGUCUUCUUCCCGGUCAACGUGCGGACCUGCAGGAGAGCGGAACUCAAGUCCUAGAUCAGUGUCGGAAUCCGAACCGAACGAUAAUAACAAGUGUGUUGUACUGUACUAUUCAAAGUUACAUCAUGCGUGCCGACCGACGACGGAAGUUCUUUCGCUAAAGCACUCGACAAGUCAAAUCGCCGUGUGUCAUCAUUUUUAUUGCUAAGUGCCAAUUUUUAAUUGCCUAGAUAGACUCAUUCCUACUUUCUCCUUGUAAAUGACGAAUAAUCAAAAUUGAAUAUGAUGAAUAUUACUGCUUUAAGCAAUUAGAGUUAAUUGUUGCAAGUAUCUACAUUUUAUUAACUGAACAUAAGUAAAUAAAUCUCUUCAAUCAGAAUCUCAAUCAAUCGAAAUAUUUUGGCAAGACAUUAUGAUAAUAUUCUUCAACAUUAUCGAAUCUCAUAAACUUAAUUCGUUAUUGGCGAAUUAGUUUCGUGUUACUUAUAAUUCAGUAAGUUUAAUAUGAUAAUGCACAUUAUUUAAUAAACGUUGUCAAGCAAGAUGUUGUAAAUAAUUAUGCGACGUAAUUAUAACAGUUUUAGAGUAACUAAAUAUAUAGUUUAUCAUUUUAAA